CAAUGUGCUAAUCCCAGCACUUGCAACUUGCUCUGGAUCUCCACACCACUGGUAUGCAGAGCCACCUGUAGAAGCACAGGAUGUUUAACUGGGUGGUGAAAGUGGUCCCUCAACCACCUCCUGAGACAGAUGCUGCUGCCAAGACUCCCUCUGCUGCUGCAAUUCCAUCAAAUACUAAACAGGUUCAGAGCCCUCCACAGAAAAACACUGGGGAUGUUUCAGAGGACAGUCAGGUCCAGACUGGAGUGUUAGGCUGGCUGUCUAAUGGUUUCGUCAGCGCUCUGCCGCAGCCCACCGGCUCCCCUCGACUCAGCAGAGCAUCUGAAGACAGAUGUGAAGAGGAUGGAGAAAGGUCUGGAGUGAUCAACUGGGUCACUCAGGGUCUGACCAAGGUUCUGCCUCAGCCUGAUGACAAGUACAGAGAGACGGACACCAACGAGGAGCACACUGAGGUCUAUGAUUUAGCAACAAUGCCAGAUCAUGACCCCCUCCCUCACAUCCCAGUGGUGGAGAUAUUGUCAGAUGAUGAGGAAGAACCGAGUCAAUCCUCUCAGUUCCCGCCCAACGUGGUGAAAUGGGUGAAAGACAUUGUCCCUCAGCCAGUUUUACGAUCCAGCGGUGCAAUCACAGAACCGCCGAUCAAGUCGUCCCACUCCUCUCGCUCCUCUCUGGACAAAAUUCUGUCUCCACCGCCUGAAUCUCUGAGUGGAAUCUCACUUGACACCGACAACAAAGUCUCUGGUGUGGUCAGCUGGUUCGUGUCAGGACUGGGCCUGAAGUUGCCUCAGCCUGUGAGUCAACCCAAAGAUGAUAUCGAAGGUGCAGUGGCGGCUCUACAGAAAGCCUCAUUCAAAAACAAGCCUGACAUAGUGCUGGAGGACGUGGAGUCAGACCACGAGGGUCAGCAGGAACCCGAUUACAAACCUCCUGUGCCGACCACAGCGGUGACUCCACCGUCACCAGAGACACACCAUGAGCAGUCCUCUUCGUUGGCAUCCAUGGUGGUGUCCCACGAGUGUGGUGACUCCAGUCCGGUACCAGAACAACCAGAGAGUGCAACAAGAAUUACUCAGGAAGAUGCUGAGACUCAGACGGGCCGGUGGACACCGUUCAUGGAGAGCAUCAAGAGGGAGGCUGAAGAUGUAGCUCUGGCUACCAUGGAAGAACGUCUGCUGGUGGAGCGCAUGGAAAUGGCACGAGUAGCUGAAGAAGUGGCCAGACAGACAGCGGAAAUGACCAUCAGACAGUUGGCCGGUGAAGGACAGUCUAUCAAACUCUCACUGGGCAGUGAAGAGUUGCUGGAGGAACCUGAAACCGAACUAGAAGAGAGUCUUACAGAGGAGGAACAGAAGGAGGAGACAGAGGAACUAGCCGUCACAUUUCCAGAAUCAAAGGAGGAAGCUACACCGCAGCAGACUUCUCCCUCUCUGCCUCCAAGUCCUGAACCUGAAUCAGAAGAAGAAUCUGAACCUGAAUCUGAACCUGAAUCUGAACCUGCUGUGGAAGAAGAGACUGGAGACAACCAUUGUGAGACUGAACCUGUGACCCAGCAGCCACAGAGAGCAGAGGGAGACAGUCCUGACACCAACACUGACCAAGCAGCUCAAAAAGAGGAGGAAGCUACUGGGGAUGACUGUGGUGCUCCAGUCAGCUGUGAUGCAUUUAAGAGCUGCCUGAUGCGCACCCCUCACACCUCAGAGUGCUUCGGCAACAUCAACGCCUUCUUCAAAGAGAACGGCAUCUCUUCGCUGAAAAUACCCUCCAUGCCUAAGCUGCCCACCCAGUUUUCUGACGUGACCAAGUACUGUCCCACCCUUCCCCCUGAGUUACGCCAAGAGUUCUCCCAGAUUAGACUAACGCAGGUGCCCAGGAACAUAGCCCGGUCUGUGUCUGGGCUUUUCCCCAGUGGCUCAGAGGGUUGGGUCGACCCCACGCUCUCCAGCCUCUCCCAGAGCUUUUCAAACAUCCCUCAGAAGCUCUCCCAGGUUCCAACACGAACGCAGCAGUACCUGAGCAACGUUCAGAACCGCCUGAACAGCCUUAUGCCUCAAGAUGCCUAAGAACAACAACAACAGCAGCAAAAACAGAAGCAGGACAAUAAUCAGCAAGAUGUAGAACUCAACCGACUCGUCGGACCCUCCCCUCUUUCUCCUCCCGUCCAUCCUCAUCUCAGGUCCCGCUCCCCGUCUCCCUCCUCCCCCAGUGGCAGCACCCUCGAGUUGCCCAAUGUGCCGUCCUAUCCGCGCCUGCCGCCGAUUGUCAGCCCCCCGUCCAAGCAGCUCCACUCCCCGUCCCACCAGCUGUCUGGUCUCUCUAACCCGGCAUUCUUCAUCGAAGACGAUCCAGACAUUUCUCCACUGAGACCCACAGAGAGCUCCAGCAUCAGCCUCCGUCCAGCUGUUAACGUAGAGGACGUUGACUCCGACAAUGAGAGAAAAGGAGAAGGAGCGGGAGGAGGAGGAGGAAGAGAGGAGGAGCAGAAUAGCAUCCCGCAGAUUCUCACCCCACAGGAUCCCAAACUUACAACCCUCACUGUUCCUGUCACUCCGUCUGGAGGUCGUCAGAGUAAAGGAGACAAAGAUGGAAGGAAUCGUGGAAGUAUCUGGAGUAAGAUUUCAAAGCUUCAUUCUCAAAGUGAAGAUGAUGAUGAUGAAGGGAGCACACCUGUCAGAGCCUGGCCCAGCCAGUCCAGCCUGCACAGCACGGAUGAUAUUCUGAAAGAGCGCCCGGCGUCUUCGGCCAGUCAGACCAGCACAGUGGUGAACGAGCGUUUGCAGGAGCUGGUCAAGAUGUUCAAACACAGAACAGAGAAGGCCAAAGAGAAACUCAUCGAGCCCGACAGCUCGGAUGAAGACAGCGUCGUAACCUGUUCACUUCUCAUCGAGCCCGACAGCUCGGAUGAAGACAGCGUCGUACCCUCUCCUCCUCAGCCUGCUCCUGGAGCGAAGCCACAGGAUGAGGGAGAUAAGGAGGAUCAAGCAGGUCCAUCAGGAGGAGAAGAAGAAGGAGAAGUGAAGAGUGAGGCAGAGAUGGAGCAGGCUAGCAGCUGCUGUAAGGUGAAAGCUCCACGGUGGAUGCGAGCCUGUAUACGCUACCGUUUCCCUGCCAGCAUCGACCCCUUCACCAACCUGAUGUAUGUGCUGUGGAUGUUCUUGGUGUGUCUCGCGUGGAACUGGAGUCUGUGGUUCAUCCCGGUGCGCUGGGCCUUUCCCUAUCACACGCCAGACAAUAUCUACUACUGGCUUCUGACCGACUAUCUGUGCGACCUCAUUUACAUCCUGGACAUCACCGUCUUCCAGCCACGUCUUCAGUUUGUCCGUGGAGGGGACAUCGUGUGUGACAAAAAAGACAUGAGGAAGAAUUACAUGAAAACAAGACGCUUCAAAUUCGAUGUCGCCAGUCUUGUCCCUCUGGAGCUUUUCUACUUUAAAACCGGCAUCAACCCUCUGCUGCGCUUACCUCGGCUGCUGAAGAUCAACUCCUUCUUCGAAUUCAAUGAGCGUCUCGAGGCCAUCUUGACCAAAGCCUUCAUCUACAGAGUAAUCCGGACCACCACCUAUCUCCUGUAUUGUCUCCACUGUAAUGCCUGUCUGUACUACUGGGGCUCUGCCUUCACAGGACUGGGAUCCACCAAGUGGGUGUACAACGGCGAGGGCAACAGUUACAUUCGCUGUUACUACUUUGCGGUGAAGUCCCUGAUCACCAUCGGAGGAUUACCAGAUCCCACCACCCUGUUUGAGAUCGUCUUCCAGCUAAUCAACUACUUUGUGGGAGUCUUUGCCUUCUCUAUCAUGAUUGGACAGAUGCGUGACGUGGUUGGUGCAGCCACAGCGGGUCAGACCUACUACCGCACAUGUAUGGACAGCACUAUUAAAUACAUGUCCUCAUAUCGCAUCCCCAAGGAUGUCCAGAACCGCGUCAAAACCUGGUACAACUACACCUGGCAAUCUCAAGGCAUGCUUGAUGAGCAGGAGCUGCUGACUCAGUUGCCAGAUAAAAUGCGCCUGGACAUUGCCAUAGAUGUCAACUACUCCAUUGUGAGCAAAGUCCCUCUAUUCCAGGGUUGUGACAGACAGAUGAUCUUUGAUAUGCUGAAAAGCCUGCGCUCUGUUGUCUACCUCCCUGGGGACUAUGUCUGCAAAAAGGGUGAAGUGGGACGGGAAAUGUAUAUCAUAAAGGCAGGGGAAGUGCAGGUGGUUGGAGGACCUGAUGGGAAGACGGUGUUUGUCACUCUAAGAGCAGGAUCUGUCUUUGGAGAGAUCAGUCUGUUGGCUAUAGGUGGAGGUAACAGGCGCACAGCUAACGUGAUCGCUCAUGGCUUUGCCAAUCUCUUCAUUCUGGACAAGAAAGACCUGAAUGAAAUCCUGGUCCACUACCCUGAGUCCAAGAAGCUGCUCCGCAAGAAGGCCAGAAAGAUGCUCAACAAGGGAAAGAAACCUGAGCCCAAAGAGGAGGCUAAGGAUCCUCCACCGGCCCCUGCAGCCCCUGUCAGGCAGGAGACUCCCAAACUGCUGAGAGCUGCUCUUGAGAUGAAACAGAGGACCUCUGGACUGAAAGGAGCUCUGGCUGAAGUCAAACGGAAGACCAGCAAGUCCUUUAUCUCAUCACAGCUCUCUGUCUCAUCUUCCCAGCCUCCUCCAUCUCCCACUUCCAGCUCUGGGCCUGAAAGAGAUGGAGACACGCCCUCGCCCAUCUUUGCCAGUUCUAUGACACUUAACCGCUGCCAUAGCAACAGCUCCACGGAGGAUGCUGUGGAGGAUAAAGGCAACGAGAGUGGUUCGAGGAAAAAUGAUGGGGAAGUUAGGCAGGAAGGAAGGAAAGAGAGGUGAGAAGGUGGUGCAAAACAAAUAUGAGAAGAGUGAAGGGUGGUAUCUAUAUAUAUAUAUAUACAUAGAUAUAUAUGUACAUAUAUUUAAGUAAAUUAAUUAAUUAACAAAACCUUUACUUUCCUAUUGUCAUCCACUAUUAUGAGCUUGCAGUGCAGUUGUUAGGUUUUUGUGAUAAAACUAUACCACUGGAAAACGCAAUCUAUUUCUCCUAUUUUUUUGCACUUCUUCAACCCUCACUUUUAUUGUCUGGUAAGGUUCUCAGUCAUUAUCUGGAUCAUAACUGGAUGUGAAGACCUUUCACCUUCAUCCAAGAGGCUUCUUCAGUUCUGACUAACUGGUGGAAAAAACCUGUUUAACCUCAGAGGUUGAACAACAGAUUGUUCUCCCCUCUGACACAGUUUCAGGUUGUUUAGCUCUCACAGAUUUUCAUUUGAUGUAGGAGAAGUCCUUCCUUACCUGGUUAUCUCCUCUGUUUAUUCACACCUUCAUUAUCUGCACACAAGUUUACAUUUCUGAACUCUUUGUUUCAGAGCAUGAUUAAGUAAUAACAGUUAGCUCCACUUGUCUUUCUACAAAGACGAAAUGAGACAAUGUUUUUGCUGUUGUUGUCCGCUAAAUGUUUACACACUAUUUUGUAAAGUUCAACCUCGAUGCGCCUUAUUUAUUUGUAUUUUAUUUUUAUUAGGGUUCGAGCACAAAGUACAUAGAACCCUAUUGAAAUACAAGGAGUUUUUUUCCUUGUAAUUUGAAGCUUAAAUCUGGAACACAUGUCUGAAACACUUUUAAUGUUAUUUUCUUGAAAUCUUGUAACCCUAACCCUUGUGUAGCAGGAGUUGCAAUGGCAGGCUAAACUGUAACUGAUAUUAUCGUCUGUCCUCUCAUCAAAGCUCCGCCCACAAAAGACACAGAACACACACUGUCUGAAGUGUAGGAGAGAGAGCUGCAUGAAAGAGCUUUGUUAUUACUGAUCCGAAUUCUGUUCAGUCGCCCUUUUAUUUGAAACAGUUGAUUCCCGAACUUAAGAAUUUCACACCACAUUUUAAAAUUUUGAAAAUCCUAUGAAACUGAAACCUUAAAUCACAACGCGAUCAUUUCACAAGACGGAAAGGAUCAACUAUUUCCAUACAAAUUAUAUAUGUAUUUCAAAAACAGGCAAGAAAUAACCUUUGUAUUGAAUGCAAAACAAAGCACAUUACCCAUAAUAAUCAAUGCAUAUGAAUGUAACAAUAAAAUAAUAUUUUUUGACUUAAAUAACAUCAAAGGCUCAUCAUGAGGCUUCAGUCAACAAUCACUGUUAUAGUCACUUUUAUUUAUCGGUAGUUAUUAAGAUGUGAAGAGGACUUCAACAAAUACGAUUAAAAGUGUAACACAACAUUUUCAUAAGUGUUAUGAAAAACAAAUUACAGUUAGUUAAAGUAACUCUGUGUUGUGCUGAUGUUAUUAUUAGUCAUUUAGACUGACUAAAUGUUAGUUUAAGGCAGGGUUACUCAAUCCUGGUCCUGGGGAUGAACCACUGCCCUGCAUGAUUUAGACAUUUCCCUACUACACCUGAUUCAAAUGUUAGCUCAUCAGGAAGCUCUAAAACUCUAAACGUGCAGGAAAGUGGGUCAUCCAUCAGGACCAGGAUUAAGAAGCUCUGGUUUAAGGCUUUCACACCAUGAGGCACUUCCAUCAUCAGAUACAGUGUAUUGACUGCAAAGAGUAUAGAUUUUGUCUCACUAUCAUAUCAUCAAGAUGAGUAUGAUCAAAUAUCAUGUAUAGUGGAUUUUGCGUUCUCACAUGUCAUAAAAUAUUUGAUUCUUUUUGUUUUUAACAAUAGAUUGAUCAUAUUUCAACAGUUCUGCAAAUGAAAAAAACCCAGACGCUUUCCUGCUUUGUACAUGAAUUGUGUAAAUGCUUUACGUUAAAUUUGUGUUGUAAAUGUGUUUUAUGAGUCAGUGGUGUAAGAAACGUCAUGUUUUUUUCGAUUGUUUGAUUAUCAUGUACAGUUUUAGAGGACCGACCCGUAAAACCAGCUAACCAUACUGCCAGACAGUGUCUAGAGAGGAAUAUGGAUGUUGUGUGCUUGUGUGUGUAUGUGUGUGUGUGUGUGUGUGUUGUAGUGAGACAGAGAGGGAUGCUUGCAUUUAAUGGACUGUUAAAAACAGUGUUUGUGUUUGUGUAUAUAAAUAAUAAUGUAUUCCAAC